CUGACCUUGACUUCAACCACCAUGCGCUUGGCCGCGCUGACCUCGUCUCUCCUUUUCAUUCUUUCACGGAGCACGGGCACUUCGGCAGACCCUGGGACUGGCCUCUACCCUCCUGGUUUGCAGCCGCUGAUCGCGAGGGCUAAUGUACUUCUGUCGAGCGGGCAGUUCGGCGAUGCAGCGAGGGCGUAUAGCGAAGCUAUAGAACAAUCUCCCGCCGACUACUUAUUAUUCUACAAGCGCGGAACCGCGUACCUAUCCUCGGGACGGCACGCUGCAGCUCUGGAAGACUUUGGCCACGUCUUGAAGAUCACACCCCUGCCUUCCGCGUAUCUCAUGCAAGCGCGUAUUCACACCAAAGACGGCGACUUCGCACUCGCACGUGCGGCAUUGGAACAGUACACUGGCGGAGAGAAAGAGAUGCAAGAGAAGAGCAAUUUGCUCAACGACAUCAGCGAGGCUGAGGUAAAUGCGAAGCAGGCGAAACAGGAACGCUUGGCCCAACUGUGGAACGCGUGUAUAGAGACUUCGAGUCGCACAUUGCGCAUUGCAACGCACAGCACCACUGUGCGCAGCAUCCGUGUGGAGUGUGCUCUUGGUGCAGGAGACGUCGAAGGUGCCGUUGGCGAUAUGAGUCGCUUAUCUGUUCUGCUUCCCGAGUCUCAAACGCAAGAACUACAUGCACUGAUAUUCCGCCUUUCAUUCUUCCUCCUUCCUCCAUCUCCGCUUGCCGCCAAUGCUGUCAAGCAAUGUCUGCACUCUGAUCCCGAGUCCCGUGUCUGCCUUCCGCUGCACCGAAUCUCGAAGAAUCUCGAGCGUGGAUACAACAUGGCUGAAGAGCAGGGUGGAAACGGUGACUGGCGGGGAGCCCUUGCGACCCUCAAAGGCACUGGAAGGAAAGGCGAUAUCUAUCGGAAAUUCGAGGAAGCUGCUGCUGAACAGCUGGCUCCCGCUCACCUGAAGCUGUUCUCUCUCGACAAGGGACAAAUCCUGCUCGUCAGCUACACCAAGUCGUCUCCCCGGCGUCGUGCUAUGCUCCGGAAUCUCUGUAAAGGACAUACACUGACUGAGCAGCAUCGCAAGGGUGAAGAGUGGUGUCGCAUGCUGUAUUCGAUGGACGAGGGUGACAAUGAUGCUGAUGCUUUGCGCGGAUUGGGCGAGGCAUAUGUCGUGAAAGAGGAGUACGAGGAGGGAGUGAGGUAUCUGGAACGCGCGUUUGAAGCCACUGGGCGAAGUGAUCGUGAUUUUCAAGCUCGCCUCCAAAAAGCACAACGAUUGCUCAAGCAAAGCAAGCAGAAAGAUUACUACAAGGUUCUAGGGGUCUCCCGAGACGCAGACGCGAGAACAAUCAAGAAAGCGUUCCGAACAGCAGCUAAGACGGCGCAUCCUGACAAAGGGGGGUCGGAAGAAAAGAUGGCUGCGGUCAAUGAGGCUUACGAAGUUUUGUCAAAUCCUGAAUUGCGAGCGCGGUUCGACAAUGGUGAAGACCCGAACGACCCUUCUUCAGGAAGCCCAUUCCAGCAGGGUGGAAACCCUUUUGCACAGUUCUUCCAGCAAUCUAGUGGUGGAUUCCCAGGAAGUGGGUUCCCUGGCGGCGGCCAAUUCCAGUUCCACUUCGGUCAUGGAGGGCAUUGAUGUAUCUGUUGUGUCGGUGUUGUACGUUUGGCGUAUGAUAGAUAUCAUAAUAGGACUAUCGUCUCGAAUUAUAACCUGCAACUUUCUUGGAAUCUUGAUCUUAUGCAAAUGAUUCAAUUGACGAUGACUAUCUUGGCUUUCAAUUCACGAUGUCUUUGGAACAUGCGUUCAAAGGACGAAUAUGGGGCAGGAAGGAAGGCUCAAAUUUUGCAUGCCG